CUAAUCUUUUGGCCCCAACCCUGGUCCAAGCAUAUACAAACAAAGAGCUGCGCUCUAUUCUAAAACCCCCCACUUUCUCUCUCUAGACAGGAGAGAGACAAGAAGUGAGUGUCAUGGCCAUGCAAUUACAAGCAUUACAUUUAAGGUCUGUCCAUCUCCCUGCAUAUUCUCGCAGAGAAUCAACCAACACCCAACACGACAAACCCACUCAACUCCUGCCGGCAUAAUCCCUCUCUUUCUCUCUCUAAAUUACUCUCGACUUCCACCCCCUAAAAUUGGCCAAAGAAGUUCCUAUUCAUAGACAGCGCACGGGAGGACUUCUGCAUUUAUAAAGAGUCCCGACCCUACAUUUGUCUUAAACACAAACCUUUCUUGUGGGUAUUAGGGUUUUUCUAGAGAGAGAUGGGGGUUGAGGUUUUCAUGGCCGUUUCGCUGGUUCUGCUGAGCGGUUUUGGGGCUCUGUUUCAGCUGUUGAGGAAGGUGAAUGGGUGGUUUUGUGAAUGGAAAGUUGGGGAAAGGCGGUUUCUCCUUCCACCUGGAGACAUGGGGUGGCCUCUAAUGGGAAAUAUGUUCCAUUUCUUGAGAGCUUUCAAGUCUGGGAAUCCUGAUUCCUUCCUAUCAAGCUUUGUUAAGAGAUUCGGUCGCACUGGAAUUUAUCGCGCAUUUAUGUUUGGAAGCCCGACGAUCCUGGUCACCAUCCCUGAAACUUGCAAGCAAGUACUAAUGGAUGACUCUAAUUUUGUUCCCGGUUGGCCGAAGGCAACUGAAGAACUGAUAGGAAAGAAAUCAUUUCUCUUAAUUACUCCUGAGGAGCACCGAUGGCUCCGAAAGGUCACUGCAGCUCCUGUGAAUGGGCACGAAAUGCUCUCGAAUUACUUGAAAUUUAUCGAAGCUUCGGUGAUUUCGAGUCUAGAGAGCUGGGCACAGUUGGGUGAGAUCGAGUUCUUGACAGAGUUAAGGAGGUUGACAUUCAGGAUAAUAAUGCAUAUUUUCCUCAGCUUAGAGGGGGAGACGACGAUGGUGGCACUGGAGAAAGUUUACACAGCACUGAACAAAGGGAUAAGAGCCAUGGCCAUCAAUUUCCCUGGAUUCGCUUACUAUUACGCGCUCAAGGCUAGGAAAACGUUAGUGGCCGUAAUGCAACGGACCAUUGAUGAAAGGAAAGAGGUAAGGAGAAGCAGAGGUCACGAAUCUUCUACAUUACGAAAAGACAUGUUGGAUUCUCUAAUGGACGUCCAAGACGAAAACGGACGGCAUCUGGCGGACGAUGAGAUCAUAGACACCCUCAUCAUGUAUUUGAAUGCUGGCCAUGAAUCUUCAGGCCAUAUCACAAUGUGGGCAACCCUUUUGCUUCAACAAAAUCCUCUCGCCUUUCAAAAAGCCAAGGAGGAGCAAGAAGAGAUAUUGAGGAGGAGGCCACCAAACCAAAAGGGCUUGAGCCUGCAAGAGACUAGAGAGAUGGUCUAUCUAUCAAAGGUGAUUGAUGAGACCCUACGAGUGGUGAAUAUCUCCUUUGUGGUCUUCCGACAAGCCGUCAACGAUGUUAUGAUCAACGGUUAUAUUGUGCCCAAGGGCUGGAAAACCCAAGUGUGGUUAAGAAAUGUUCACAUGGAUCCAAAGGUCUACCAUGAGCCCGGGACUUUUAAUCCAAGUAGAUGGGACGAUUAUACUCCAAAGGCAGGGAGUUUCAUUCCCUUCAGUGCAGGAAGCAGGUUGUGCCCUGGAAAUGAUCUUGCCAAGCUAGAGAUCUCUGUUUUCCUCCACUAUUUUCUACUCGAUUAUCAGCUUGAGCGUGUUAAUCCCGAUUGUGCAGUGAAUUAUCUUCCACAUCCUCGACCCAAGGACAAUUGUCUUGCUAGAAUCCAGAAAAUACGGAGGUCGCCAUAGUGCAAAUUGUCCACCCUUCUCUUGAAAUAUGUUCAAGGUCAAUAAAAAUGGCUGUUUUCUAGUCAUUACUAAUAAAGUAUCUGUUCUUGAAAAUGUAAUACCUAAAACGCAGAGAGCUCUUGAAAAUAUACACAUUGUUUUGUUUUUCUAUCACUUCCCGAUUUGUUUUGCUCUUUUAUGGGUUCACCAUGUAUCCCACACUGUGAAGUGUGAACUAUAUUAAUACACACCAAGAAUAUAGACA